AUGGAGUAUUUCACAAAUCGCAAUGGACUGCAAUUGGCUUGCAACCUUUCAAUAAAAUACCCAGAUGAUAAAAAAAUUUAUAUUGUGUGUGCACUAUACCCAUCCGAGAUAUUCUUCUUUUCUGAUUUCGUUUAUCAACAUCUCGACGCAAAUGUUUGUAAGCUUGAUUUAACUGGUGAAGGAAGAAGUCAAGGGGAAAGAGUGUUUUACAAGUAUACUAAGGACGCAGAUGAUUUAGAUGAUACUGUCAAAUUUUUGACAUCUAAAGGAUACUCAGUCGAUGGGAUUAUUGGAGCCUCAAAAUAUGGAACAAGCGUGAUUCUGUAUGCUGGACUAUAUGGUGAAGUCAAAAAUAUUAUAUCAGUAUCGCCAAAAUUUAAUAUGAGCGAAUUCCCUGACUUUUUAAGUUCAAACUUUGAAACUCUCAAAAACAACGGCGAAAUCGUUUAUAAUGCUUUUGGGGAAGAUUGAAAUUUCACAUGAGAAAUGAUAAGAGAAGUGCAAAGCAUUGAUAUGAAAAAAAUUUGUGAAAGAGCUAGAGGAAAUAUUUAUGUAAUUUAUGGGCUAGAAGAUCAAUUUUGCCCAUAUUUAGAGUGCUUAGAGCUUGCAUGAGAAUUGAAUGAUAAAUGCAAAGGCACCUAUUCUUUUGAUUGUGAUCAUUGUUUAAUUGGGAUUUUAGACGAGGUCUUAGAAAUUAUUGAACGGGUCAUAUCAUAA